UCGGCUGUCAAAGUCAAACUCAGGCCUGAGCCUGUUUUGUGAAGUGAUAUAAGUUAUAUUUUUUACGGCUCCCGGCCGUCAGUGCAAGGAAAACGAUAAUUUAUCUAUUAAAUUACAACAGUUCACAAUUGUUAAACGAUCUCAUUCUCCCUCCUAUCUUAUCGAAAGUCGUAUUACAUAAAUAAUUUUAUCACAAGAAAGUGGUGUUGUGAAAAACAUAUAAUCAAUACUCAACAGACAAGUAUGGUGAUUUUGCGGAGUGUUUUGCUUAAUAAUUACAAAUCGUUUAGAAUGGAUUAUAGAAAUAUGCAUUAUUUGAGAAAGAGCGCGUAUAUUAACGGCCAAUGGGUCAAUGCCGAAACCAAAGCCGUAUUUCCAGUGUUGAACCCGGCUGAUGAUAAGGUUAUCGCUGAGAUUCCUGACAUGGAUGCUGCGGAUGCAAAGAGAGCUAUUGCUGCUGCUACAGAAAGCUUUCGUACGUGGAAGUAUACGACAGCUAAGGACAGAGCUGCAAUAUUAAGGAGAUGGUAUGACCUUUGUGUAAAAAACCAGGAUCAUCUUGCAGAAAUUAUAACAGCGGAGGCUGGUAAGCCCUUGGCUGAAGCCAAAGGUGAAAUUGUUUAUGGCAGUUCAUUCUUGGAGUUCUUUGCUGAUACUGCUCGACAUAUUAACGGUGAAGUGAUUCCAAGUCCCUGGCCAAACAAGCAGAUCAUGUUAACAAGACAGCCUUUAGGGGUAGUGUCUGUUAUUACGCCAUGGAACUUCCCAUUUGCUAUGAUCACUCGUAAAGUUGGUGCUUUACUGGCAGCUGGCUGCACUUGUGUCAUAAAACCUGCUGAAGACACUCCGCUGACUGCUUUAGCAGCAGUUCAGUUAGCAGAAGAGGCAGGGUUUCCCAAAGGUAUAAUUAAUGUAGUGACGGCAAGCAGAAAAAAUGCCCCCAUAGUUGGUAAAGUUUUAUGUGAAGAUCCCAAUGUUGGUUGUAUUUCAUUUACUGGUUCCACUCAUGUUGGAAAGAUUCUUUAUGGAAUGGCAGCAAAAGGAGUAAAACGAGUUUCCCUUGAACUAGGUGGUAAUUGUCCAUUUAUAGUUUUUCCAAGUGCAGACAUCAAUCAUGCUGUUGAACAAGCCAUGAUGGCUAAAUUCAGGAAUAACGGGCAAGCAUGUGUCGGAGCCAAUCGAUUCUUAAUUCAUGCCGAUGUUUUUGAUGCAUUUGUAGAAGCAUUUAAAAAUAAGAUUAUGGAAAAAUGUAUUAUCGGCCCUGGAUACAAAGCUGGGGUAACUUGUGGGCCCCUAAUAAAUCUUGAGCAAGCUACCAAAGUGAAGAGUUUAGUUGAAGAUGCUUGUGGAAAAGGUGCGAACGUCGUGAUUGGUGGAAAACCUGCUCCCAAACAUGGAACCAAAUUUUAUGAAUCUACAAUACUGACAGAUGUAAAUCCGGAAAUGAAAAUAUAUGGUGAAGAAAUAUUUGGGCCGGUUGCCGUUUGCCAUAAAUUCAAUACAGAAGAGGAAGUUCUAGAAAUUGCGAAUAGUACCAGAACAGGGCUCGGAUCUUAUGUUUUUACAAGAGAUCUCGGUCAGGCAUUUAGGAUGUCUCAAAAGUUAGAAUUCGGCAUGGUUGCCAUCAAUGAUGGUGUAUUAUCAGCAGCAGAACCGGCAUUCGGCGGCAUUAAGGAGUCGGGAAUCGGCAGAGAAGGCAGCAAACACGGUGUAGAAGAAUACACAGAUAUUAAAUAUACUCUAUUUUCAGCUUUAGACAAAUGAAUAUGAUUUCUUGUACAUUUUUAACUAUUUUUAUGUUGUUAUGAUUUGUUUUAAAUAGGAUUAAUCAUUCCAGUCUUCCAAUAAAAUGUGAUCUACGUACGUCUAUUAUAAAAUAUAUAUAUAAUGAGAUUAAUGUUAGUUCCUCUGAGUGUUGUUAAUCUCCUAGUUAUAUUGGGAUUAUGUGAGACCCAAAAUAUUGGUAAGCUGUUAAACUAUGGAACUCAUUAUGUUAUGAUAUUUAAAAAAUAUAUUAAUAGAAAUCUGGAA